AUGAUGAACUCGUUUCUGGCUCUUCUUGCAGUUGGUGCCAUGCUGCCUUGGGCUGUCGAAGGCACUUGCAGGCAGCACACGUUGGACUUUAUCGUGCUUGAGGGUGACCCUCUCAUGGCGCAGAUUGAGGACGACAUCGUCACCGAUCUGGCUGCCGUCGGCGUCACCGUCAACACGAGAUUUCUCCCGAAAGAGCAGUUUAACGCAGCCAUGCAAGAGGGGGACUUCAACCUGUGCUUCACAGAGUCGUGGGGUCCUCCUUACGAUCCGCAGAGCUUUGCCACUGGAUGGUUCCGCCCGGAGAACGAGGCGCACUAUGCGGCCAUGCAGAAGAUGGAGCCGCCAAUGACCAUGAGCCAGAUGGAGACUUUGGUGACAAAUGUGCUGUCUGUGGAAAGUGAGGAGGCACGACAGGAGAAGUGGACUGAGAUCUUGCUGGAAAUGCAUCGGCAGGCCAUCUCCAACCCAAUGUGGUCGCGCCGCGUGCCAGCUAUUUGGAGCCGACGCCUGCAGGGCUACACCUCCGGACAUCAGCAGUACGAUUACCCCAUGCACAACUUCAUGGUUGACAUGGGAAGCUCCACCAUCCGAGUCGCGCCUGGUGCACAGACGGGCCUCUUUGUGACAACUGGCCCCAUGGAUCCGCACAGCUACCGGCCCAACGAGUUCUUCAUCAGCAACUGGAUCUACGAGGGUCUCGUGCAUUAUGGAGAAAAUGGGGAAAUAGUCCCAGCCCUCGCGACUAGCUGGACCUUUACCGACACCACCGACGGCGGUCAGAGAUGGCGCUUCACGCUCAGGACGGGCGUUAAGUUUCACGAUGGAGUUGAUUUCAACUGCGCUGCUGUGAAGCUGAACUUCGACCACGUUCUUCAGCCGCCUCUGAAUCACAACUGGUACCAUGGCUGGUACCACCUGCCGCUGCACGCAACGUCAUGGGAUUGUGACGGUGAGGUCUUCGAGGUCAUGCUGGAUGCACCUUACUAUCCUUUCUUGCAGGAGAUCUCUCUAAUCCGGCCCCUGCGCAUUCUCUCGCCGGAGAGCUUUGCCAACGGCCCCAGCACGAGUCCCAUCACUCACAAUUCAUGUCCAACCCGCUGGGGCCAUGUCAAUGGUGAUGGCAGCAUGCCCGACGUAGACUCAGGGGUGUCAGUGCAAUGCGUGGGCAUCCGAAACUUCUCAGGCACAGGACCUUGGAUCUUUGCGGGUUCCACCAACCGUGCUGACGGCUCAAUCGCAGAGCUCAAGUUCAUCAAGAACAGCGAUUGGUGGGGUGAGGCCGGCAACGUCCAGGAGAUGAUUGUGGUCAACUACAACAACAGCAACCAAGUGAAGGCGGCCCUGCUCGAUGGCAGCCUGGACGUGGCAGUCGGCGACAAGGUGCUUACGCCUCAACAAGUGCAGGAAAUGGAGAAGCAGCACUCCGUGUCGCACAGGACCAUCUUAGGCCCUCGCCUGUUCAACCAAAUCAUUGUCAUGAAUGCAGCGCAGGCGCCCACAGACGACAUUCUGCUUCGACGGCUGAUCAUGCAUUCCAUCAACAAGGCCAAGAUUGUGGAAAACGAGCUGUACGGCCAGUCGUCCGUGGCUGACUCCCUAUUCCCGAAGGAUGCGCCCUACUGCGACAUUGACCUCACCCCACGCUGGGACUAUGACUUGGAGAAAGCGCAGCUGCUCAACUGCGUGGAAGUGAUCACUGACGCCACUUCCAGCAACGACAGCACGCCUCUCGUUCUUGGCGUUGUGGGCGGCGCUUUGGUUCUGGUGGUGGCUGUCAGUCUGGCCUGCUUCUUUAUGGGCCGGCGGUCCGGGUAUAACAAGUUCAGCGAGGAGGAAAACCAGAAAAAGAGGGAUCUUGCCUCUGGGCCACCAGCAGUUGUUGGCAGCCCAGGCGCAGACCCAGGUGCAGACCGACGCAUUAAGCUUGAGCUGGAGUCCAGUGAAGAUGUUGGGCUUCUCAAAGAGAUCCCCGAGUCCUUGAAGCGACGCCUGCACGAGGAGAUCUUCAUGCCGCUCCUGAGCAUCGCACCCUUUCUUCCGGCGUGGU